UCAUGGGGAAGCUGAUCAGGAUGGGGGCGCAGGAGAAGCGUUUACUCCAGCCACGGUGGCUUCACUGGAGUCGCCUGCUCUUUCUGUUGGGAAUGCUGAUCAUCGGUUCUACCUAUCAGUACCUGAGGAGAACCUGGGGCCUCCCCUCACUCUGGGCAGAAGUCUCUUCCCAACAGCCUAUAAAACUGACCAGCCGGGACCUCCCCAAUGAUGAGAUGAUGAUGGUGAGCCAUGAUCCUCCAAAAUCUAGCUCUGAAAUGGAGGCUGAGAUGCUGGUACCCCAAGCCACAGUGGGUAAGAAUCAAGCAACACCUAGAAUGACAAUGAAAAAUACCCCCAGAACACCCAGAAGAAUUGCCAAGAUCACUCCACCAACACCAAAGAAUAAUCACAGCCCAAGAGCAGCAGGUACAGAAAGAGUGAAGGAAAAUACCCCAACUACAUCAAGUAGAAUACGGAAUCACUAUACCCCAAUUUCAAGCAGACAAAUAGUAAAAAAUUAUACUCCAUCAUCCAGCAGAGGAAUGAAGAGCUACAACCGAACUCAAGCCAGGGGUAAGGUGAAGAAGAACACCCCACCCCCACCUGGGGAAACUGUAGACACUUAUGCACCAACCACAUUCAUGACAAUGGAAACACACCAUGCAGUAACCCCCAGGACAAGAGGGAAAGACAGUGAAACCAUGGAAACCUAUGCAAUACUGGAGACCAGCUCUCCCAAGGGGAUAGUGGAAGAGACCUCCCCAGCUAUGCUCAAGAGAAUAGUUAAAAACACCCCAUCUUUCCUGACACAUGAAGUAGAAACAAACAUCUUGACUUCUCCAAGGAGAAUGGCGGAAAAGAACCUGAGUAGCUCCAAAAGAGUAGGAAAUAACAGCUCAUCUAAUGCCUGGAGGUUACUGGGGAAGGACAACCUGACGACUCCUCAGGGAACACUGAGGAGCACACCUGGAACACUGGAGCACACCUCAGCUGUGUCUGAGAGGCAGGUGACAAGAAGUACCGUGAUGGGCCGCAGCCCAGUAAAAAACAGAGUCUCUGCUGCUACCCGGAGUGUUAGGAAUCUCUUGCCCAGAACCAGUGCACCCUCCAUGAGAACAGCCUCAGCCUCCAUCCAGGAGCUGGCACAGAAACCUGCCACAGCACCCGGGACCUCUCUAACCUCCCAAGUCAGGGCAAAUCCCACCAUCCAGAUCCGUCACUGUGUGGUUGUGGAACCAGCCCCAACCACGCCCACCAGCCCAUCCCCAAGCCUGACAACGUCCCUCUUCCCAGAGGUGCCCAGUCCUAGUCCCUCAGCGAUGCUUCCCAGCUGGCCAGACCAGCCCCAGGGAGAGUACCCCCCAGACCUGUUCAGUGUGGAGGAACGGCAGCAGGGCUGGGUGGUCCUGCAUAUCUUUGGCAUGUUGUACCUGUUUGUGGCCUUGGCCAUCGUGUGUGAUGAGUUUUUUGUCCCGGCUCUGAGUAUCAUCACAGACAAGCUGCAGAUCUCUGAGGAUGUGGCAGGUGCUACUUUCAUGGCUGCUGGAGGCUCUGCCCCUGAGCUCUUCACCUCCCUCAUUGGCGUCUUUAUAUCCCAUAGCAACGUGGGUAUUGGUACCAUUGUGGGCUCUGCUGUGUUCAACAUCCUGUUUGUCAUUGGCACGUGUGCCCUCUUCUCCCGGGAGAUCCUCAACCUCACCUGGUGGCCAUUGUUCCGUGACAUCUCCUUUUAUAUCCUCGACUUGUCAAUGCUCAUCCUCUUCUUCCUGGACAACCUCAUUGCCUGGUGGGAGAGUCUGCUGCUGCUGCUAGCCUAUGCCCUCUACGUGUUCGCCAUGAAGUGGAACAAGCAGAUAGAAGUCUUUGUGAAAGAGCAGCUCAGAAAGAGACCAGUGGCCAAAGUCAUGACCCUGGGGAACCUCAGCGAGCCUGACGGUGGGGCCAUUGCAGGGGAGGAGCAGCAGGAUAACAGGAAGCUGCAGCUCCCAGCCCUGCUGACCCGAGGGAGCAGCUCAGCCUCUCUGCACAACAGCAUCAUCCGCAGCACCUUCUACCAGCUCAUGAUCCACAGCCUGGACCCCCUGGGGGAAGCCCACACCUCCAAGGACAAGGAGGAGAACUUGAAUCAGGAGGCCAGAGCCCAACCCCAGGCCAAGGCAGAAAGCAAACCAGAAGAGGAGCCGCCAGCCAAGCUCCCUGCGGUCACGGUCACACCAGCCCCAGCUCCAGACGUCAAGGGAGAUCAGGAGGAGAAUCCUGGUGGUCAGGAAGGUGCGGCUGGAGCUGAGAACACAGGUGAAAUGACAGGUGAAGAGGGUAAAGCUCCUGGUGAACACGGAACUAAGGAAAGUGAAGGUCAGGGCAAAACUGAAGCAGGAGGAAAAGAAGAUGAACACAAAGAUGGAGGUGAAAACCGAGAAGAUGGUGACAUGAAAAGUGACAAAAGUGAAACUGGAGCCCAGGACGUCAAUGCCGAAAAUCAAGAUGAAGCCAAAAAUGAGGAGAAAGGUGCAGAUGGUGAAGGGGGAAGUGAUGGAGGUGAUAGUGAAGAGGAGGAUGAGGAUGAGGAUGAGGAUGAGGAUGAGGACGAUGAUGAGGAGGAGGAAGAGGAGGAGGAGGGAAAGGAAGAGCCUCUGUCCCUGGACUGGCCAGAGACCAGGCAGAAGCAGGCCGUUUACCUCUUCCUCCUGCCCAUCGUGUUCCCACUGUGGCUGACGGUGCCUGAUGUCCGUAGGCAGGAGUCUAGAAAGUUUUUUGUCAUCACCUUCCUGGGAUCCAUCGUUUGGAUAGCCAUGUUCUCAUACUUCAUGGUGUGGUGGGCUCACCAGGUUGGUGAAACAAUAGGGAUUUCUGAAGAGAUUAUGGGUUUGACAAUCCUAGCAGCAGGCACGUCAAUUCCUGACCUCAUCACCAGUGUGAUUGUUGCUCGGAAAGGCCUGGGAGACAUGGCGGUAUCAAGCUCAGUGGGCAGUAACAUAUUUGAUAUCACCGUUGGCUUGCCUGUUCCUUGGCUGCUUUUCUCUCUUAUCAAUGGAUUACAGCCUGUGCCAGUCAGCAGCAAUGGCUUGUUUUGUGCAAUUGUUUUGCUUUUUCUCAUGCUCCUGUUUGUGAUCUCUUCAAUUGCAUCAUGCAAAUGGAGAAUGAACAAGAUCCUGGGCUUCACAAUGUUCCUUCUUUACUUUGUAUUCCUGAUAAUCAGUGUGAUGUUAGAAGAUCGAAUCAUAUCCUGUCCUGUAUCUAUCUGAGUCAGUCACUGUGUUCACAAUGAACAUAGGUGAGAAAGUUGUGCCAGAAGUUGUUGUAACUCGUUACAUUACUGAAAGAAUGAACAUGAUGGAGGAGAGUGAACUGCGUAGCCUGGAGUUUCUGAUGUGAAUGUGGUUCGGGACUGAGACUUAUCCUUGCAGCUCAUUGUGGGUCAGGGCCUUCACCUCUGGAGGAGUGGAGUCACCUCUUUCUCAGGAAGACAUAUGUCCUGUGGAGACUGCAGAAGGACCCCCGAAACCAGAAUGUCUUCUGAAUUAAAGAACUGUGGAUUAGGGUUGGGAUAUGCAGAGCAAAAAUAAGAAAAUCUCCCUUCCUCAUAGUUCCCUGAUCAUUCCUGAAGAGUCACUGGUCAAAAGAUGCAGAUGGGGGUCUACAUCUCACUCUCUUGGCUCUGCCCUAAGCACACACUACAGUUUGCCGUGUCCCCUUUUUCUGUUCAGACGUGAAGUUUUAUCAAGCUUGCAGUCAUUAUAUAUUCAGUUACUGAGUUUAAGGAGCUAAGGCUACAGGGAAAAAUAACAGAAAUCAAUUCUCAUUCUACAUCAUAGUCCAGUAAAAUGUUCACCAGUAUUUUCUAGUGUUAAAGGAAAACAUUAGCUUUUAUUGUUACAGUCUGAAAAGUGAAAUUAAAACAGGAAGCAGACUGAGAAAUGAAAACUUAUAAUUUGCUCUUGAAUUAGGAGGAGUGGAGAUUCCAGAAGGAAAACUACUUUAAGGGCUAUUUAAAAAUAUGUACUUAUUAGAAAACCCAAAUUUCAGUUAUCUCCAUCAGUGGUCACUUUGAGGGGUUGACAAUCAACUGCCCUGGUUCUGCCCCCUCAGUAUGUUUUAUAGUGACAAUGGCCACAAGUGAGUGAAAAGGGAUGUAAUUUUUUUUGUGGGGGGACUGGGGUACUGGGGAUUGAACCCAGGUGUUCUUACCCACUGAGCCACAUCCUCAACCCUUUUUAAUAUUUUAUUUAAAGACAAGGUCACACUGAGUCACUUGGGGCCUUGCUAAGUUGCUGAGGCUGGUUUUGAACUUGCCAUCCUCCUGUUUCAUCCUCCCAAGCUGCUGGGAUUAUAGGUGUGUGCCACUGCGCUAGGCAAGGGAUGUAAUUUUAAGAGCCCAAAUUCAGUAUAAAGUAAGAGAUCCAGUGGGACAAUGCUAUUUUUUGUGUGUCAGCCUACAUAGGAUCAUAAGGCUAGACUGGUUUCUUGUAUGGUUCACAAGUGGAUCUUAAGGCAAUUACCAAGGGGAAAUACUUGACACAAUAACGUGUUGUAACUAAUAUAAAGGACACUUGUAUUUUUAAAAAUUUUGUGGUUAAAUGUUUUAUGUGGAAUUUGAUAUGCUUGUAUAUUAAAGCACUGGUUACUGCUUUUACUAGCAUUGUUAAGGGACAUGUUAGAAAUAAUUUUAUCUUACUGGUUUCAGAGCAAAAGGAGCUUGGGUGACAGUAGAUUAUGAUGGGAAAUAUGGAUUUAAUUACAAACAGGAGGAAUGAUUCACUAAAGAAGACAGCAGGACAGAUGAGAUGUGGGGAAAAAAGAUCAAUUAUUUUGGUGCAGGAGGGUUAAGGUGUUCAAAAUACUCCAUUUUUAAAGAUGAGCUGGUUCAUGUAAUUAAUUGCUUCACUACUUCGGGAUUCCCAUGAUUUGGAAGUAAUUUUUAUUAAAUUUCAAUAAAAAUUAUGAGUUCCAGUGGUAUUUUGUUUUACAGACAUGGACAGGCUCAUUCUUCUCUUAAGAUCAUAUACUCAGAAUGCUCAAGAGAAGACUAGUGAAUAUGAAAUUGUAUUCAAAUUCUAUAUUCUUAAAUUAAUUAACCUCAUUCUUUAUGGGGCCACACUGUGGAUUCUCCAUAUGCCAGGGCCCAGGAAUAGGAAGGGACAUCCAAUACCAAAAUUCUGGGUGCCAACCUGGUGUCUGCAGCCAAGACCAGCAAACCUCAAGGAAGUCACCUCCUCAAUGACAGCCUGGAUCUGAUGUUCAUCAGACUGAAUGAGGAGUGAUGAACAGUGAAAUGUAUUACAAAAAAGUGCUGAGAUAGCCAUUUAAUAAUUAAAAUGAACUCCAAUUAUCUAAUUAUCUUUUCCUAGUUUGCGGAACUUCUGGCAUCCCUCUGCCUACAAAGAAAGUUCUGAUCAUUUCACAUUAUGACAGAAAAGGACAAGUUACAAGAAAUGAAAUUUGGAAGAUGAGUAGGAAUUCACUGGGGGAGAGAAAGAAGAUUCUAGAGAGAUGGAAAACUUAGGUAACUUCUAAAAGAACAAUUUGUUAGGCUUGGAAAUUAAAAUUUCUGUUCAUACAUUUACAAACCUCCAACUGAAUAAAAAUCAUGCUUUUUAAGAAAGUACCAUCUUAAAAUGUCAAGAUAAUAUUGAAAUGAUCCUCUCAUUUGAUAGGCAAAUGAUCUGCAUAGUUACCUGGGACAAAUUCUAGGUCAUUCAUUCAGCCUAGAAAGUCUAAGGGGUCCUGCACAAGUGUCUGAACAGGAAGACAGUGGCUGCGUGAUGGCUUCUUCACACCCCUUAGAGUUGCAU